ACAUGUAGAUAUUUUGAGGAGCCCACAGAGAUUUCUUUUCCCUCCUGAUCUUGUCCACGCCGCGUGCCUCUUUUGGGAGGGAGCUGGCCCAUUCCCGACGGAGAUGGCAAGAUUGCGCAAGAAAGCUUGCAUUGCGCUUUUUCUCUUCACGCUCUUCGUCUUCGGGACUAUGAUGGGUUUAAGGACUCUAAAACCCAGUGACGGAUUCUCGGAUCUGGCUCCGGGCUUUGCGCUUCUGCCUAUGAUCGCGGGGAAAAUGGACCGGCCAUCCGCGUCCCGUGUCGGCACGGCGUCCCCCGGUGAAGCGCAUCCGGCUGGCAGCAACACCAAAUCGGUUUUAUCCAGCUCCGGCACCGAGGGCGCAGUCUUUCACGAUAUCCACAUUUUCUACUACACCUGGUACGGGAACCCGCACACGGACGGUAGAUACAUCCACUGGGACCACGUCCUGGUCCCACACUGGGACCCCAAAAUCGCUGCCAGCUACCCAAGAGGGAGGCACAUGCCGCCAGAGGACAUCAGCUCCAGCUUCUACCCUGAACUUAAUCCGUACAGUUCCAGGGAUCCGGAGGUGUUGGAGUCCCACAUGGAGCAGAUCGUGGCAUGUGCAGCAGGGGUUCUGGUGCUUUCCUGGUAUCCUCCUGGUCUGGCUGAUGACAACGGCGAACCCACUGAGGAUUUUGUACCAGCUGUACUGGAUGCUGCGUAUCGACACAAUCUGAAGGUUGCAUUUCACAUCCAACCAUACAGAGGACGCAACGACCAAAGUGUCCAUGACAACAUCAAGUACAUCAUUGACAGAUAUGGUGAGCACGGGGCCUUCUACAAGUUCACUUCGAACAUAGGGAAAAGUCUUCCUCUGUUUUACAUCUAUGACUCCUACUUGACUCCUCCAGAGGCCUGGUCUGAAUUUUUGACUCCCACCGGCUCCCACAGUGUGCGCGGCUCAGCUUACGAUGCCAUUUUCAUCGCUCUGAUUGUGGAGGAGCACCACAAGCACGACAUCCUGGCAGGCGGCUUUGAUGGCAUGUACACUUACUUUGCCUCCAAUGGUUUCUCCUUCGGCUCCUCUCAACAGAACUGGAAGACCGUCAAGGCCUUUUGCGACGGUAACAAUCUGCUCUUCAUCCCGACCAUAGGACCAGGCUACAUUGACACCACCAUCAGGCCAUGGAACAACCACAACACACGCAACCGGGUCAACGGCCGGUAUUAUGAAACAGCUCUGCAGGCGGCGCUGAAUGUGCGACCUGAGAUUGUCUCCAUAACAUCUUUUAAUGAAUGGCAUGAAGGGACGCAGAUAGAGAGGGCGAUGCCCAAAAAAACAGCAACCCGCAUGUACUUGGACUACCAGCCACACGGGCCUGAUCACUACUUGGAGCUGACCCGCCACUGGGCGGAGCAGUUCCACAAAGAAAAGGAGCAGUGGCUGGUGUGAGCUGAAACAGGAAU